ACAGAACCCACACACACUGUAUCAACAGCUCACUGACUGAACAGUAAGCAUCCACACAGCAGUCAUGAAGGUCCUUGUGGUGCUCGCCCUCGCCGUUUUCACUGCAGGUUGCAAUGCCAACAUCGUGUGGCAAAACCAGACAGACCGCCAAGUCAACAUGGUGAAAGAUGCUUUCUGGGACUACGUCGCCAAGGCAACCUCUACAGCCGAGGACUCCCUGAAGCAGAUCAGACAGUCCGGGCUGGGAAAGGAAGUGAACACCCUCAUCUCCGAUAGCACUGACGCCGUCAACAAGCUCACCGACGCUAUCAGGAUUCAGGUGGCUCCUCUCACCCAAGACCUCAUGUCUAAGUUUACCCAGGAGGCCGAGCAGCUGAAGACUCGUCUGGAGAAGGACCUCACUGCCUUGGGAACCAGCCUGAAGCCCUACGCUGAGGAGCUGGUGGCUGACCUCCAGAGGCAGGUGGAUGAGCUGAAGAGGGACGCUGCCCCCUACGCCGAGACCAUGGACCCCGAGGCCCUGAAGGCCGUCCUGCUGCAGAAGAGCCAGGAGCUGAAGGUGCAGAUGGAUAAGAGCAUGAGCGAGCUGCAGGUCCAGAUGGUCCCCUACACCGAGGAGAUUAAGGAGAAGAUGGAGCAGAGCCUGGAGGAGUUUCAGAAGAGCAUGGUCCCCCUGACCCAGAGCUUCGAGACCCAACUGACCCAGAAAACCCAGGAGAUCCAGCAGAACCUGGCUCAAAGAGGAGAGGAGCUGAGGACCAAGCUGGAGGCUGACACCGAGAACCUGAAGAGGCAGCUGACUGCUCUCUGGGAGUCCUUCACUAAAAUGACCCAGUAAACGGAUUUAAAUCCUAACUGAGUCUAUGGGAUGGAUAAAAAAGUGCAAUACCUCAUUUUCUAUGUUUUUAUGUGACUGAAAGAUGCUCUGAAAGGAAUUUUGUCAAUAUUUCCUCUAUUGGAUUUCUGUUUACUAUAUUCAUCUGUGAAACAACAAUAAAUAGGA